GAAAUGGCGGAAGAGGUGCCUGAAAAUCGGACACAGGCCGAUAUCCCUGAACAACAACCAGAACAUCAACCAAAACAGGAACUAGCGCACCCAGAGGAACCACAGGUGGCUGCAGAGCCAGAUCCAGAACCUGAAGCUGUGCUGGAACAGCCAGAGACUACUGCGGAGCAACGUGCAUCGGACGAUGCUCAAGAACCGUUCGACCCACCACAAUACCCAAGUUCCGAAGAAUUAGAGACAUCGGUACCUGAUGCCCCUGGUGCUCACAAUGAUAAGGUGAGCAUCGACAACGAGCACACCAACGACACAGCCAAUCAAACAACAAACGAGACACAAAACAAUGCACCGGAGAAAAUACCCGAGACCAUACUCGAGUUGCAAGACAAUACAGUCAACGACGCCACCGACAAUGCACUUACCGACGUACCCCAUCAUUCCAUUUCCAAUAGGACCAUCGACGACGCAACCGAGGACAAGAAUCCGGAAGUUGCAGAAGUUCCCGAAUCCGCAGAAUCAAUUGAACUUACAGAACCGCCUGCCACUCCAAGAUCCGCUGAGUUCGAGCCCACGGAGUCGCGUGUUCAGCCAUCUAAUGAUAUAGGACCUAAGCAGGUUGUAGAACAGCUACAGCCUGCAGAGGCCAACGAGGCCACAGAACGUGCAGAGCCAGUGGAGUCCACAGAAAUUGAACAACCUGCAGAGCCGUAUGAAAAAAGCGUGGCUCAGGCCAAUCAAUUCACGACACAGCGCUCGCCUGUACCGCAACCUGCAUUCUCUAACCCCAAUUUCGCUCCCAGCACUGCGUCUUCUUCGUCUAUGUCACAGGCCGCAUCGUCUAUCCCACGAGCUGCCUCGCCUAAUGUUGCAACUUCAAUCAAACAGGACGACACCCCUGCACCCAUUCGGCAGCCUGUGCCUGUGUCUCCUCUGAAGCCCGUCCUUCCUCCAUCACCUUCGUCACAGGGCAGUAUUCCUUCUCAAAGGGUCGCUUCUCCUGCACAAUCGCAUGGGAAACAAGCGACGUCGUCCGGGCACAGAAACAGUGGAUCCGUGUCCAACUACGCAUCGUCAGGGUCGUUAUCGCCUAUGCAAAAACUUGCAUCUCCAGUGCAGAAGCCAACAUAUCCCACAUGUCGAGCCCAUUCACCCAUGCCCAAGAUUCACAGCCCUCUUGCACGUCCUUAUUACUCUCCCAUGAUGUCCCCGCACCAGACAAUGCAUUCGUACUCGCAAAUGGGACAUCCAAACCAGUCGAUGCUUCCCGGAGCCUUUCCGGGAUACGGGGGAGCUUUCCAAUCGCCGGUUCUUAGUGCUAGUGGCUAUUUGCCUCCAUAUACGCAAAAUGCCUACCAGGGCCAUUCUCCGAUGUACCCGCAGCAGCCGCAGUCGCAGCAGCCACCAGCUCACGAUCGUCGGUACAGUAGUUUUUCUGAGUCGAGUUUUAUGCCGUCUUUCCAAAAUCUCCGUGAUCUCUCUAUGAUGAACGGAAAUGGAGUCGACGGUAAAUUCAACGACGUUAAAGGGUCUGUGCCACAGCCCGACGUCGAUGGCGAGAAUAUCUUCCUUCUCCAGAGACUCAACGAUGCCAUCCCCGACCUAAGCCGCCUGCUUCAUGGAUACAAGGCUACGCAGAACAAACUCAUGGCGCGCGAGUCGGAGAUCAAGCAGAUGCAGACUCAAUACGAACAAUCAACAAUGCGAAAAGACUUUUAUAUCGAGGCACUACAAAACCAAAUGCGAAAGGCUGCAAAUGAUAAUGCGGAAGAAAUCAGCAAGCUGAAACACGCUGUCAAUGAAGUUCGAUUGGAAUUGGGUGAUCUUGACGAGAAGCACAAGGACCUACAGGAGGCUUUUGCUGAGUCGCAGAAAUCCAACGAGGAGCUCUCACAACAUAAAGCUGAGCUAGAGUGUGAUGUCGCAAAGCUGAGUACUGAUUUGACAGAGGAGCAAGAUGCCCACGAAAGGGCGAUAGAGGCUCUCAAGCAAGAACGCGAGGAAGCUCUCGCGACACAGGAACGGGAGCUAACGGAUACUUUCGAGGGCGUCAUGGCUGAAGAAGCGACGUCGUAUAGAGAAGCCAUGAAGGCUAUUGAGACGAAGUUGCUUGAUCAACAAAGAGCAAUGAAGAACGAGUACGAAGAGCAAAAGCGGCAGAUACAAGAAGCCUACGAUGUUCUCCAGGCGGACUCUGAUGCGAAGACUGCGGAACUCGAAUCGACUCAAACCGACUUGUCGGACACGAAAAUUAAUCUAGAUGCCAGUCACAAGGAAUUCGAAGAGACUCGCGAGAUUUAUAUAAAUGAAAUCGAAACCAUUAAUGCCGCGUUUAGCGACAAAGAGCGGCAGUGGGAAGAGCAACGGACCGAUCUCGAGACCCAGCUCUCGCAUAAGGAUGAGGCAUUGGCCAGCAUGGAACAGGAAAGGCAGAAAUUGGAGGGAGACUGCAUUCUCAAGGAGACUCAGCUGCAACAUGCCAUGAAUGAGAUGCGGGCGACCAUGGAGAAUCUGGGUAAAGACUAUGAACGCUUGAUGAAGACCCUGAGUAGCCUUGGAGAGGCGACUGAUCUGAAGAGUUCGAAGGGCGAUGAAUUCUUUCUGGAAAGCUUCGAUGAACUACGCCGCUCAAUCGUCACACUGUCCAAGGAACACUUUGCAUAUCUCCCAAUUGAUCCUCCCAAGAGUGUCCUGGCCAAGGUCCCGUCAGAGCUACCAUCGUUCCUGGAUAACAUGCCAGCAUCGCGCGAACUACGAUCCGCCUACAUCCAACAUGUGAUCUCCAAGACGCUAAACUACCGCAUUUUCCAACCUUUCCUCUUCACCUUGGGCCGCCGCUAUGACAAUGCAGACAUCUUCUUUCAAAUGCUGUCAAUGGAUAUCCGCCGCAAGUCCGUCCGUCGCGAAGCAUUCUGGCGCCAACAGACGCUCAAAGCGGCAUACACAGCCCCAGACGCAAAACAUUCCAUCAACAUGACAGCCUCCGUUAUAGUGGACGAGAUCGUCGACCACAUCAAACAUUUCGCGGACCCGACACAGCUCGAUCCACUGGUAAUGGGUGUGCGGAAGAUCGUCAAGUUAGCUGCGGAGACUUGGCGACAUGCGCGGAUUGAGCGGGGGCUCAUUGUGGCUAGUCUACCUGCGCCGGACGCGGAGGGAGCUUCGAACCAGGACUGGGAGGAAUACGGAACGGAUAAGAAGGGGGGUGGUAGUGGACACGUGCUGCUCCGGAUGUUUCCACAGAUCGCGCGCGAGGUGGCGCAUGAGGAUCUUGUGGGGGAUGAAGAGACGGAAUCGCCAUGCACAUACUCUGCUGGGAAUGUGCUAUAUUCGGAUUCUCCUAUCAUCAUAGCGCGACGGCAGGAACUGGCUGCGAGGAAGCGGAAAUCUGUGUAGCGUUACUAUUUGACUAAUUGUUAAUUUACCACUGUACUCUAUAAUAUUAAUGAAACUGGUUGUGAUCUGAGGCUGUGAUGGGAGUUAUG